AUGGGUAGUACAACAACAGAAAGCACUACCAUUGUUACCACAACUCCAGAAAGUACAACCGUGGAAAUCACAACAACAGACGCUAUAACAUCAGAAAGUACCACCACCAUUACCACAACUCCAGAAAGUACAACAGAAAGCACCACAAUGGAUACUACAACAACAGCAAGUGCCACAACUGGUAGCACAACUCAAGAAAGUACAACAACAGAGACCACAACAGCAGAAAGCACCACAACAACAGACAGCACCACAAUGGACAUUACGACAACAGAAAGUACCACCUUCGGUACCACCACUCUAGAAAGUACAACAGCAGAGACCACAGUAACAACAGACAGCACCACAAUGGAUACUACAACUACAGAAAGCAGCACCACCGGUACCACAACUUCAGAAAGUUCAACAGCAGAAACUUUAACAACAACUGAAAGCAUCACAACAGAUACUACACCUACAGAAAGCACAACUGAAUCCACAACAACAGAAAGUACAACAAUAACAGAAAGCACCACGAUGGGUAGUACAACAACAGAAAGCACUACCAUCGGUACCACAACUCCAGAAAGUACAACAGUGGAAAUCACAACAACAGACGCUACAACAUCAGAAAGUACCACCACCAUUACCACAACUCCAGAAAGUACAACAGCAGAGACCACAAUAACAACAGACAGCACCACAAUGGAUACUACAACUACAGAAAGCAGCACCACCGGUACCACAACUUCAGAAAGUUCAACUGAAACUUUAACAACAACAACUGAAAGCAUCACAACAGAUACUACA